AUUGACUCUAGGUCCGGCUGUGAAGGUGGCCCGCGUGGAUGGUGAGAUUUUGACAACAUGGAAAUUUACCGCUUAGGGAGAUUUUCGUGAUACCUCCGAAGACAGAGGAAUAAAACGUUUGGCAGCCAGAGACAUGGAGGGGCUCCAGGAGGACAGACUGUGGGGGAAAUGGAGGGUUGCUUGUGGUUUGCACAGUUACAACUUGAGGGAUGUCUUCACAUGGCAUCUGCUGAAGACCAUAGUGAUGGGCCAGGUGUUGUCCCUGCUCAUCUGUGGGACUGCAGUGAGCUGUCAGUACCUGGCCGACGCCGGGGUGGAGACGCCCAUGCUGCAGAGCUUCCUCAACUAUGCCCUGCUGCUGAUCAUCUACACCACCAUCCUCUGCACCCGCAAAGGUGACAGAAACAUCGUAGAGAUUUUAAAAACCAAGUGGUGGAAAUAUCUGAUCAUGGGUCUGGCAGAUGUGGAGGCAAACUAUACAGUUGUGAAAGCUUAUCAGUUCACAACACUGACAAGUAUACAGCUACUGGACUGUUUUGUGAUCCCGGUGCUGAUGUUCCUAUCCUGGUUCAUCUUGAAGACUCGCUACAGGCUGGUCCACUUUGUAGCAGUGAUUGUGUGUUUGUUAGGGGUGGGGGCCAUGGUGGGAGCCGACAUCCUGGCAGGCAGAGACCAGGGAUCCAGUAGUGAUGUGGUGUUGGGAGACGGUUUGGUCCUGCUCAGUGCUGGCCUCUAUGCUGUAUCCAAUGUGUGCCAGGAGUACACGGUGAAGAACUUGAGCCGAAUCGAGUUCCUGGGCAUGAUGGGGCUGUUUGGGACCGUCAUCAGUGGCAUACAGCUAGCUGUUCUUGAAAUUCCUGCAGUAGCAGUGAUAAAGUGGGACCUCCACAUUUCGAUGCUGUUUGCUCUCUAUGCGCUGUGCAUGUUCGCUCUGUACAGCUUCAUGCCUGUGGUGGUGAAGAUGACCAGCGCUACAGCCGUCAACCUCUCUCUGCUCACUGCUGACCUCUUCAGUCUCUUCUGUGGGAUCUUCCUCUUUCGUUACACAUUCUCCACCCUGUACAUCAUCUCUUUUGUCAUCAUUACUGUGGGUUUCAUCAUGUUCAACGCUGUUCCCACCUACUCGGCUCUACCAGACUCUAGCUCAAGUGAUGAUGAAGAUCCUGCUGCUGAUGGCACCUCGAGCCGCCUGUUGUCUCAAGACGGAGACAAUCAGAGGACUGAGACAGUCACAGCUGUGGCUGCUCUGUGACUGAUACAGAAGAAGAGGGAGGAAGACAUUGCUGCUAGAAGAGAAGUUCAUUACAGAUGAUGACAUGCCACAAACUCAGAUGGGGGGCAGAAAAUGUAUAGAAAAUGUAUAUCUACAUAGAAAGGUGCUAUCAAAAUGCCAAAGUUUUGUGCUCUUUAUGACUGAACCAACAAUUCUACAAAAAUAAUUCAAUCUUCAACUUCUUUUGUGUCCUGAAAGUUGUGUCAAAUUCAGGAAAAAAAGUUUCAGAGCUAAUGGGGAAAUGGCAGGAGACAGAUUAAAAGCACCUGUCUAAAGUCAGUACUUGAGGUGUCAGAAGUACUCGCCUCUACACCAGUUAAACCAGUUAACCUGCUGGAAAAAUCACUUUUGUGAAAAGUGCAGGGAUCAUACCUAGUGUAUGUAAUAAUUUUCUGAUGAUAAUUGCAGUUUGCUCAUUCAGAGCUUUUAUGUUCCAAUUUUCCUCCAUUCCCAUUCCUUCCUAACUGUUGUUCACUUCCUGCCCCCCAUCUGAUAUUCUUGUGUCAUCGGGAUCAUGCAACUGCAAACAACCUGUUGUUGCAGUUGUACAAAGUUUUGUAUUUUCGUUAUUAAAUUUGAUGAAGCUGGUUUAAUAUUUUAAAAGUUAAAAAAUACAUUUCAUUCCUAUUCAUGAAAGGUCACUGAAGAUAUUCCUUUUUAAGUAAUGUUAAAUGAUCACCUGUUACUGCACUUAAUGUCAGACUCAAAGAGUGUAUCAACAUGGCUGCUUUUUAUUGUCCCUUAAAUAUUGUUUUUCUCUUUUUUUUUUGAAAAUUUUUAUAUAUAUUUGUAAUAUAUUGGCAAUGCCUUUUUUAAACAGCUGCAUAAUUGAGAUGAACACAAUCCAAUCAGAAAGUUGUAUUUUGUUGCCUUUGAUGCUGUUACAAUCUUCAUUUGGUAAUCUACCAAAUCCACUGUAAUGACAAGGUUUUGUUUACCUUAUGUUGCCAAGUGUAUAGCAUGUAACCAUGCAGCAGAAGUUUUACUUUUAUAAUAUUAAAGACAGUUUUUUAUAUUUUC